AUGAGAAGGGACGUGGAGGUACUUGUCCGUCUAGUGCACGGCGACUGGCUGUCGCCGGGGAUGGCGCAAUGGAUGGCGAUCUAUCUCCGCCUGAAGGAAAAUGAGGUGCGGGGGUUCGCCCCAUCGAUGGAUGAUCUCGCGGCCCUAGACAUCGCCAGACGGGGGAUGAUCACCCUCCCCCCGGUCGACAUGGAAACUCCCAGGAGGCAGGUGAUUUCCUCCCUCCUGAAGCGGGCAAGGAGCCCCACGGGCGACGCUCCUGAAACGCCGAAGAAGCCCCGGGCCCUCGACAUGCGGGAGGGGGAGGAGGAGUCCUGUUCGACAGCCGAACCCUCAUCGUCCGGGUCGACAACGGACCUGACAGGAGCCGGCGCCCGUGACCGACCAUUGAAACGCGCUGCGACGAUGGCGUCGGUCCGCGGCUCGGAGGCCGCCGCCGCCGCCGCCGCCGCCGCUGACGCCGCCGCCAUGAAGCCUCCGCCGGCCGGGAAGUCCGCGAUCCCGAGGUGGCAAUCCCGGGACCCGCGCCGCGCACCGGCGGGGGCGGCAUCCAACCGAGCGCCCGUCCAGGCGUCCGCCCAGACUCCCGCCCUUGCGCCUGCCCAGAUGUUCUCCCUGCACACUCAAGCGGCCGCCCAUGCAGCUGACCGCCCGCCCGCCCAAGAAUCUGCCCGCCCGCCCAACCAAGCGCCCGCCCUGGCAGCCGCCCGCCCGCCCAACCAGGCGCCCGCCCUAGCGGCCGCCCGCCCGCCCAACCAGGCGCCCGCCCUAGCGGCCGCCCGCCCGCCCAGCCAGGCGCCCGCCCAAGCGGCCGCCCGCCCGCCCGCCCAGACGUCCGCGCAGGCGCCCGCCCAAGCACCCGCCCAACGCGCGCCGCCCUCGCUGGCCGCUCCCGCGGUAUCAUUCGCCCGGGUAGCGGCUAGCGCCGGAGCCCCCUUGCCACAACGGAAGGGGGCACAACGGGGAGCAGUGCCUCGCGCCCCGCCCACCACCUCAACACCUGCCGCCUCCACUUUGACCACAGCUGUGGCCUCCUCCGGAACUGCAGCCCUCGCAGCCACCGCCACCGCCGCCGCCGCCGCCGCCUCAGCCGCCCCGCCGACGGCACAAGCGCCCCGGGAACCGCGCUACCCGCGGAUCUGCGUGGACCACCUGCCCAACUGGGUGGUCCAUUUUAGAGAAAUUAGCCGGCUACUGGGACGCUCGCCGGCCGCCGUCGCACGCGGAAGAGGCGUGCAUUUCACCCCUAAGGACGGCAACGAGUACCGUGUCGUCCAGCGAUACAUAAACACGCUGGACGUGCAGUGGCACUCGUAUUCGUUGCCGUCGGACCGCCCACUCAAGGUUGCCAUCCGCGGGCUGCCGCCCGACACGGAGGAGGCAGCACUUAAGGAAGAUCUAGAAGAAAAAGGAUUCACCGUAGAAGCCAUCAAAGCCAUCCGGGGCAGGGGAGAUCGCCCCGGAUGUGUCUUCUUCGCCCUCCUGGCCAGAACACAGAACUGCCAGGAGGUAUUCACAAUCAAAGAACUCCUUCAUUGGCCGACCCUGAAGGUGGAGGCGUGGAGGGGGAAGCAGGGACCCGCCCAGUGCCACAGGUGUCAGUUGUUCCGACACUCGUCGGUCAACUGCCACCGGGCAACCGUCUGCGUGCGCUGCGGAGGGCCCCACAAGGCCACGGACUGCGAGCGGCCAUUGGAUCAGCCCGCCACCUGCGCCAAUUGCGGUGGACCGCACCCGGCAAAUCACUCUUCGUGCCCGGUGCUGCGGCGCGAGGCCAGAAAUAGACGGGCUGGCCCGGUCGCUCGCAGCGGAACCGCCCCCACGCCUCAAAACACCACGUCCGAAGCAGCAGAGGCCUCACUGAUGGCCCCUGCAAACCCACCGACCGCCAGGGGAGCAGAGCUCCCAAAGAAGAAGAGAAAGAAGAAGAAGAAGAAGAAUGCCGCCGCCGUGAGCUCUGCCCCCGUGGCGGAGGAAGAAGCGGCUGCAACCGUGCCGCCUCCCCCGGCACCUCAAACCGUUCCCGCGCCUGCCUCGGCUGCGCCAAUCCCACCGGAGCAUUUCUACGCGCUGGUGCAGUCGGUGCAGCAGAUGCAGGCACUGCUGGCCGCCCUUGUUCCCGCGGCCCCCCUCAGAGGCGUACCCACCCCUAACCUUUAA